UCACUUCGUGGCCCGCCCUGUCCUGCCUGCUCUCCCCUCCUCCUUGCCAACCUCACCUAACAACAAAUCGGCUCACCUAGAAAAAGGAUUGGCUGCUCCCAAAGCCCAACUGAUUCUAUCAAGCACCUAUCCAACUAACGACGACUUUGUCCGAUUACAAAGCCCCAUCCCUUUCUCUCUCUCCGAGCAAAGAUAUCCUCGACAUCGAACCCGCCCGUCGUGACAGUUCUCCGCAUCUCGAAACAAGCAAGAGUUAUCAGGAGACAAACACCAUGUCACCUACCCAGUCCCCUCAAGGCAAAGGCCGGGGUCGCAACCUGUCCAUCACCGACUACAAUGUCUAUGAUGAUGCGAAGACAUACUAUACCACCGAGGACCGCCAUCACAACCACCGCGCUGGAGCCAGAACUCGUACCUACUCUCAGAACAGCUUGUUCAAGCAGUUUGAACGUCUAGGCCUUCAGAAGGAGCCCUACCGCAGAGGCAGCCAUGACGAGUCUACGAUCCCCCACUCCCGCCGAUUCCUUAUCCAGGUCGAGCCCACACUACAAAGUCUGCAAUCGCAGGAGGACACGGAUGGCAACAUGCAGAUCACCAUCGAGGACAACGGGCCAAAGGUCCUGUCCCUCCGAACCGCUGCGUCCAACGGCUACAACCGAUUCGACAUCCGUGGCACUUACAUGCUCUCUAACCUUCUUCAGGAGCUUUCCCUCGCCAAGGAAUACGGUCGUAAGCAGAUCAUUCUCGAUGAGGCCAGACUCAACGAGAACCCCGUGAACCGACUUUCGCGACUGAUCAGAGACCAUUUCUGGGAGGGUCUAACACGCCGCAUUGAUGCUUCCAGCAUCGAAAUUGCUGCGCGGGAUCCAAAAGACUGGACCGACGAUCCCCGACCCCGCAUUUACAUUCCCAGAGGAGCGCCUGAGCAGCAUGCCUACUACACAAAGGUGGCCGAGGAUAGGCCUGAGCUUCGCCUGGAUGUUAUAUAUCUUCCCGAGAAGAUUACUCCUGAGAUCGUUCGGGACAUGAACGCCAAGCCUGGUUUGCUGGCCGUCGAUAUGGAGGAGAUCGUGGAUCCCGAGACCGGUGAGAAGACACUGCGCGGUCGCCCUUUCGUUGUGCCCGGAGGUCGCUUCAACGAGCUGUACGGAUGGGACAGCUACAUGGAGUCUCUCGGGUUGCUGGUCAACGACAAGGUUGAUCUGGCCAAGUCCAUGGUUCAAAACUUCUGCUUCUGCAUCAAGCACUACGGAAAGAUCCUCAACGCUACUCGUUCCUACUACCUUUGCCGAUCGCAGCCCCCCUUCCUAACGGAUAUGGCUCUGCGCGUCUACGACAAGAUCAAGCACGAACCGGGUGCGCUUGACUUCCUUCGCCAGUCUCUGUUGGCCGCGAUCAAAGAAUACUAUAGUGUCUGGACAGCCGAACCUCGCCUUGACCCUGUUACUGGUCUUUCCAGGUACCGCCCUGAAGGCCUUGGCGUUCCUCCCGAGACUGAGGCUGGUCACUUCAUCCAUAUUCUUGAGCCCUACGCCAAGAAGCACAACAUGACCUUCGACGAGUUUGUACACGCUUACAACCACGGUGAUAUCAAGGAGCCCACGCUCGACGAUUACUUCAUGCACGACAGAGCUGUUCGUGAGUCCGGCCACGAUACCACAUACCGGUUCGAAGGUAUCUGCGCCGAUCUGGCCACCAUCGACCUCAACUCGCUUCUCUUCAAGUACGAGACCGACAUCGCGCGUACCAUUCGCAACGUCUUCCACGACAAGUUUGAAGUGCCGGAUGACUGGCUCGCUACCAACAACCCGGGUGCUAGCAAGCUCGAGACGUCGGCAAUGUGGGAUCGCCGUGCCAAGCGCAGAAAGUUGGCCAUCGACAAGUACCUGUGGAACGAACAGGCGGGCAUGUACUUUGAUUACAACACCGCCAAGCGCGAGCAGUGCAACUACGAAAGUGCCACCACUUUCUGGGCCCUGUGGGCGGGUGUUAGCAACCCCAAGCAGGCAGCUGUCAUGGUGACCAAGGCCCUGCCCAAGUUGGAGGCUUUCGGUGGUCUGCUUUCUGGAACGGAGGAGUCUCGUGGUGAGAUUGGUCUAGAGCGCCCUAACCGUCAAUGGGAUUACCCUUACGGCUGGGCGCCACAGCAGAUCCUUGCCUGGACUGGUCUAUACCGGUACGGCUUCAACGAGGAAGCUGAGCGCCUGGCCUACAAGUGGCUGUUCAUGAUCACCAAGGCGUUUGUGGAUUUCAACGGCGUGGUGGUUGAGAAGUACGAUGUGACGAGGCCCAUCGACCCACACAGAGUCGAUGCCGAGUACGGCAACCAAGGGCUGGAUUUCAAGGGAGUUGCCAAAGAAGGUUUCGGAUGGGUCAAUGCCAGUUAUAUCUACGGCCUGCAGAUCGUGAACGCGCAUAUGCGCCGGGCGCUCGGAACUCUCACUCCUUACGACACCUUUAUGAAGGCCGUCGAGGACAAUCGGAACAAGACGCUCUCGGAGCUCGUUUGAUCUGGUUUCGGCUGCCCUAUUUUUAACGGUUAUCUUUCCAUCGAAGCGUCUGUUAGCCUGCAGCCUUUUGGCUUUCGCAAUUUCAAUAUUCGGCGUUUAGGUUUCAUAUG